ACGGCACAUUUGUAGUUCAUUCGUUGUAUUGAUUGGAGGAAUUUAUUUUCCUUAAAUUACCAUGUACAUCCUUUGAUCAAUAUUUUACGAAUAUCUUUGUCUCAGAUAGGUAGGGCGGUAAUACGGAACCAAAAUUCGGAACUAUUUAACUAGUUAUACAUUUUCUCCCACGGAUUAUAUACAUAGUUGUACGGAGCUUAAACAAAAUUAAAAGGCUCGCCUGAGAGUAACGUUAGCAUGGAUAUAGUUGUCCCUCUAUGAAUUACUCUAAAACCAGAUUGUCCUAUUUGCACACACAAUAGUCAUGGAUGAGGUCUUAAUGGACGAGGAGGAUGACUGCCCAGAAUUGGUCCCGAUUGCAGGAAAGCCUCUCUCACACGGAACGCAGAUCCCCGUUACCAUCAUCACAGGCUACCUCGGUGCUGGGAAGACAACCCUGUUGAAUUACAUUUUAACUGAGCAACACAAUAAGAGAAUUGCUGUCAUACUCAAUGAAUUUGGAGAAGGUAGCGCUCUGGAGAAGUCUCUCGCUGUGAGCCAAGCAGGAGAGCUGUAUGAGGAAUGGCUGGAGCUCAGGAAUGGCUGUCUCUGCUGCUCUGUCAAAGACAAUGGCCUGAUAGCCAUAGAAAACCUUAUGCAGAAGAAAGGAAAGUUUGACUAUAUUCUCCUGGAAACAACAGGACUUGCUGAUCCAGGUGCCGUGGCCUCGAUGUUCUGGGUGGAUUCAGAACUAGGGAGCGACAUCUACCUAGAUGGUAUUGUUACAGUAAUCGACGCAAAAUUCGGAAUGCAGCAUCUCAUGGAGGAGAAACCAGAAGGACUGGUCAAUGAAGCAGCUAGGCAGGUAGCCCUUGCCGACCUGGCCAUCAUAAACAAGACAGACCUGGUCUCCAGCGAGGAGCUCAUCCACAUCACAGACGCAGUCAGGUCUAUAAAUGGUCUGGUCAAGAUUCUGGAGACUCAGAAGUCACGGUGGGUUGGUUCGUUGGCCCUAGCCGAAUGCAUGUCGGAGGGCGAUUUGAACGCCUGGUCCCACCCGUUGAUGUUAGACGCAUGCAGCUUCCAACGAGGCCCCAACACAACGCCAUCACCUCCCCCUCCCAUGUUAUCCCAGCUUUGUCCCCGGGUGGACCUGUCCGAAGUGCUGGAUCUGCAUUCCUUUGACCAGAAGGAUGGAGUUAAUUUGGCCGAAAAACUGCAGCUUGUGAAAACAACACGACCACAUCUAGACAAGAGUAUCCUGACAGUAACAUUUGAAGUGGCUGGGAGUCUUUCAGAGGAUCUCUUGAAUGUCUUCAUCCAGGAUCUCUUAUGGGAGAAAGCAUUCAAGAACAAAGCUGGACUUCCCAUGGAUGUUAUCCGUUUGAAGGGGAUAGUGUCCAUCGCAGGACAGCCCCGUCAGGUGAUGUUGCAGGGGGUCCACGAGCUGUAUGAGCUGGAUGAGACGCCGCAGUUGUGGGGGGAGGAGCCAAGGGUCAACCGCCUGGUCUUCAUAGGGAGAAACCUUGACCCAGAGGUCCUACUGGAACAGUUUAUAACAACUGUACUGAAGGUGGGGGAAAGUACUUAGACAAGACCACCACCGCCCCCAGCCCUGCGCUGGUCUCUCGUCACAGUGAAUUUUCCAUAUAUACUCAUACCUACUGCACCUGGGUAAUCCUCACUAAUAUAUGUUAAGUUCCACUUCAGGUGAGGAGAACUUUGAACCAAUGUGGUAUUUACUGUUAACCAGGACAACACUUCCCAGCACAGGCUUCUAACAUACUGUUCAGAGCUAUAUGCUUCCGGGCCUGACUUCAGAGUUCCCCGUCUAAGCUCAGGAACCAGGAUCUUGUUUCUCAUUAGACAGAUCUCCAAGUGUUAUUUCAAAAUACGUUAGGUGCACUCUGACAAAAAGGUUACAAAAGGCUUCUAUGUCUGUCCCUUUGGGAGAACCAUUUGAAUAAGCCUUUUUAGAUUCCAGCCAAAGAACCCUUUAUUUCAAGGAACUGCUGGUUAUCUCGCUCAAACUGGUUUUUCGUGACAGAUCUAUUGUACCAUGAUUGUUGACCACAGCAGGUAUUUCACUGAAAAAAGUCUAAGUAAAAAUAUUCAAGAAACUGCUUUUGACCAACCUGGUCCAAUCCAAUCCAACUGCUCCAGAUAUGUUGUCUACACGCAUUUGAUUUGACUAUGUGAGGGGAUUUCAUCCGUCACCCACCAGACUAGUCAUCUGACAUUGCCCCUCAGUCAAGAUAGAGAGAACUUGAAAAUGAUUAUCCUUACUGUCAUUUUCUCUAUAAAUGAUUUUAAACUUUGGAUUCAUCAUUGUGCCGCUGUGUUUAAGAUCUGUACAUUAUUGGUUUUGGACCGGCUUGUAUUUCAAAAGCGUGCACAACACAAAUUGAGCCUGCUGUAAAUGUUUACAUGCUUGACAAGGUUGUGCUACAUUAUUUUAUUUUUUUUCUGAUAUUAUGUUAUGGUGAUUACAUUAUUAAAAUAAAUAAGUGUUGUUAAUUAAUCUAAUGUUUGGGGGUUUAUGAUAUUUUUCAUAUUUAUCAACAGAGAAAAAGUAGAUUAUAGUAGUAAUCUCUUGAUACUUAAUCAUUUUGAACCAGAUAUUUUAAUAAACCUUUAAACUCUAGUGUCCUUGUCUGAAGUGACAUAGGUAAAUCCAAUUAUAUAUUCAUGCUAGAAUGCAUUCUAUAACAGGCUCUGUCAACAUUUAAGAAAUGUUAUUUUCGGGUUCAUGUGAAAUUAAAAAGAAAACUGCAUUUUGCCCUGUACAAUUUGAUGUUAUGUCAUCCUUGAUGAAUGUUUAAAGUUAUACCCGAAGACAUGUCAUUUCGUAACUAAAGGUCUGGCGUACUUCUAAA